GGUCUUCAUUUGAACAUUUCCUUUCAGAAAACAUGUUUGUAAGUAAUAAUUAGUUCUUCAUAUCUAUAUUUUAUGGUUGAUUUUAUAUUUAGGCACACACUCGUUGAAUUGUUAUUGUAUUUUCAACAGUUGUUCAUGAACAACUUCAGCGUACCUAUGCACUUCAAGAUACAAGUAUAAAAGGUGUCGACGCCGUCUCGAAUUAGGUCAAUCCCUUGGACGUUUAGGUUAUAUAAGGAAACUCUACGGUCAGUCCGAGCGCAGUGCGAUAUCAUAACAACUAUGUAGCUACAUGCAGUGAGGUAUCGGAUCAACCACGUAAUCACAAGCAGUGGAAGAUGUUGUACCGGCCAUAGUAGCUGAGACUACAGUCGUAAUUAAUCUCACUUAACUUCUUAAAUAUUCGUGUGAUUUUUAUAGCUGUUGAAUAAUUAAAACAUAAAAGAAAAUCAAUUCUUUUUAUUUCUCUUCCAAUUAAUUUCUUGAGUAAAAUACAUUUACCAAGCCACUGGUAUAUUGGUGUCCCAUCCUGUGAACUUUCAGCGUGAAGACUCCAACAUAUCAGACUCAAGUUUACAUCCGAGGAGAAAGAUGUCAAUUUUAUAUGAGAAAUACACGGGUUUUUUAGAAUGGCUAGACGAAAAUGGAGAUUCAAGAAUCAAAGAAAUGUGGUUAAUGGAUUCUCCAUGGCCAGUUAUAACCAUUCUAGCCGCUUAUCUAUAUUUUGUUUUGAAAAUUGGCCCAGAAUUUAUGAAGUACCGUAGACCAAUGAACAUUGAUCGUGUAGUUAUGGUUUACAACAUUAUUCAAGUUUUAUUUUCAUUAUACAUAGUGCGAGAGGCGUUUAGGUUAGUAUGGCUUCAAGGUGAUUACAGAUCAAAUUGCAUUGAAAUAGACUACAGUGAUACAGAUUUAGCUAAAGAAAAAAUAUGGGCAGUUUGGUUGUAUUUCUUUUCGAAAAUAUUAGAUUUGCUUGAUACGGUUUUCUUCAUACUACGUAAGAAGCAAAAUCAAGUGACAUUUUUACAUAUAUAUCACCAUACAAUGGUUUUGUCAUUCAGCUGGGGUGUAUUGAGAUUUUAUCCAGGUGGACAAAUAACCUUUUUUGGAACUAUAAAUGCGUUUGUGCAUGUUGUGAUGUACAGUUACUACUUCUUGACGAUAUUAAAACCAGAAUACAAAAAAGCAUGGUGGAAGAAGUAUUUGACACAACUACAAUUGAUUCAAUUUGUUAUAACCGGUCUUCAUGGAAUAAUUGCAUUAUUGACGACUGAUUGCAGUUUUCCGAAGUUUAUUAUACUACUAGCUUUGCCACAAGACUUUUUUAUGUUCAUAUUGUUCUGGGACUUUUACAAAAAAGCUUAUAGGCAACCAAAAAAUAAAUUGACGUAAUUUAUUUAUUUUUAUUAA